CCUAACCCUGCCCCGGUCCCCGCUGUUCCCGACCCCGCUCCCCGUUCCCGACGCCACCGUGUGCAGAUCCGGGCGCUGCGACUUCCGAUCCAUCCAGGACGCCGCCUCCGCCGCCCCCGAUAGCGGAUCCGGCCGCUUCGUGAUCCACAUCAAGGCCGGGAUCUACGAGGAGAACGUUCUAGUCCCCUUCGAGAAGACGAACCUCGUCUUCGCCGGCGACGGCAUGGGCGCCACCGUCGUCACCGGCGCCCGCCACGCCCAGAUGCCGGGCCUCACCACCUACGACACCGCCACCGUCGCCGUCCUCGCCGACGGGUUCCGGGCGCGGGGGCUGACCUUCGAGAACGCCGCCGGCCCCGGGGCGCACCAGGCCGUCGCAUUCCGGUCCGACAGCGAUAUGUCGGUCCUCGAACACGUCGAGUUCCGCGGGCACCAGGACACGCUCUACGCCCGCUCCCUCCGUCAGCUGUACAGCCACUGCCGCAUCUCCGGCACCGUUGACUUCAUCUUCGGAAAUGCCGCUGCGGUGUUCGAUAGUUGUCUCAUCGAGGUGGUGCCACGUCUAGAGAACCCAGAGAAGGGGGAGCGCAAUGCCGUGACGGCGCACGGGCGGACCGACCCGUCGCAGCCCACAGGCUUUGUGUUCUACAAUUGCACAGUUACUGGGAGCGCAGAGUACUUGGAAUUGUACAGGAAGAAGCCGCGGGUGCACAGAGUGUAUCUGGGGAGGCCGUGGAAGGAGUACUCGCGGACGGUGUUUGUGAGGUGUUACUUUGGGGAGGUAGUGCGACCUGAGGGGUGGCUGCCGUGGCGGGGUGAUUUUGCGCUGAAAACGCUAUUCUAUGGGGAGUACGGGAGUUUGGGACCUGGGGCGAAUGCUAGUGCGAGAGUGGAGUGGAGCAGCCAAAUAGAAGAGGAGCAUUUGGGUGUUUACUCUCCGGAGAAUUUUAUUCAAGGGGAUGAGUGGGUUGCCUGUUGAGUUUUGAUUAUAGUUACCAUAAUGUUUCAUUGAUGCCCAGAGUUUUUGAAGAAUUUCCUUAGGGAAUUCGAGUGGAUAAUUUACUAAUCAUGCAGCUAAAAGGACACCGAUUUGUGAUGUUUCUGGUGUGGGUGUUGGUGGCAGAUGAAUGGGAGAUGUUGCUGGAAAUGUUUUAUUGGACUUUCAGGAAUUAUAAUGAGGUGAAAGCAAUAUACAGGGAAUUGAGAUAA